CGGGCCCACCGACGCUCAUCCUCAUCCUCUCUCACUGGACUCUUGACGAUGGCCGGACGAGCUGCUCUAUUCGCAUCCUUGCUGCCAGCAGCCCUCGCUUUCUCGGACACGCUCCCGGUCGUGGCAUGGACGUCGCACAGAUCCAGCUUGCUUGACUCCUUCGACACAUCUCACGGCUCGAACCUCGCAAACGUCGUGGAUCGUAUCUUGUCGGCGGACGACCUAUGCGCACAUGAUGCCGUGAUUGUUGUGGACCAACCCGGCCUUCACGCCUCGGACCUCCGUACUCUCGCACCCUCCACCCUUCUCGCGCAAAAUCUUGCCAGCGCACCCUCCUCCCUCCAGCUGCCUUACGUCGCCCACUCAGGUGCCAACGCGCUGCGCACCAGCGCAGAACGACUCGCGGCCCGCUGCGGAUCUUCCCUCACGCGAGUUUCGCCAGGCUCGUUUCCGGAGAAGCAUGCCUCGUCGUCGAAGCACGUCGUGUGCGUCGAUAUGCCACAUUUGAUGCACGACGGGUCCGGCGCGGGGAGGAAGAACGCCGUCGCCACGCACGAGGCGAUGCUCUCGGACGCUCUGCACAACCUCGCCACGCUCUUCCCGGACCACCUCGUUCUCCUCACAGGCUCCGUACCCUCCUCGUCUCUCCGCAACCGUCAAUUCGAUUCGGACCCGGAACUCGCGCCCCUACCCGGACCCGUGGUCCCUCAAUCUCUCCCGCCUCUUGAGAACGCAACUUCGCAGUUGGUCGCGCCCUCCAACGUUACCUUCGGUGACGGCAUCUUCGCGCGUUACCAGCUGCUCACGACACCACUGAUCACCUCGCUACUCGUUGCCUUCUUCGUCGUCGUGCCCGCCGUGAUGCUUGGCAUCUCAGCCCUCGCCUCCAUUCAGGCGCCUCGCAUGGACGCUCCCGGCGCGAAGGGUUUCAACGCGGACGUCAAGAAGAACCAGUAAAUCCCCGGACGGCACCGUGCGCUCAGCGAAGGGCGCUAGGGAUGGUGGACUCUCGGUAUAUUGUUUGUCGUUAAAGUUGCGCUUGGACUUUCCCAGCUGUCGUGCGUGCGUAGGUGUAUAUUCUAGCAAGAAAUCGAUAAUUGCAAUCGAGCAGGAUUUUUUGCCCGAGGAUACCGAAACAUGGCCUGAAGAGAGGAUGCCGCAUGUCAGGAAUCCAGCUAAGCGGCCGGUGUGCUGCGCCUCGGGUGACAAUUGAAGAAGCACGUUCCCGAGACGUUUUCGCGUACGCGAUCACUCUGAUGGCUUCUUCUCCGUUCAAUGAAGUCCUGCUUACCUCGCGGCGUCCAAUCGGCGUAGGGCCCGGGACGCGACCGUGACGGAAAUAGUAUGAUCGGCGGCGCUUGCAGAGCCCUUCACCGUCCUUCACGUUCGCGGCGAGGAACGCCGCACCAUACGAGCACUUGGGUGCUGUUCUCUGACAUACGACCUCUCAGACACAGAGGUAUAAAAGAAGGGGGACUGGUCCACUCAUCCCUCAGUCGAACAGUCGAGUUCAACGCACCCCAAGCAGCCCAACCCAAAUCAC